AUGUCAACAGGAUUAGAGUCAGAGGCAGCAUUCAGGGCGAGGGCCACUGAGAUUGGUUUGCCAGAUGACGCUAUAGACCGUUUGAAAGAUGGUGGAGUGAGAAGCUUUGGGGCAUAUGCCUUCAUCACAAGCUACCAGCCGGGUCAAGCAGAUGAAGCCCCGCUGAUCACCGCCUUGACAGACACCAUGGGCCGUGCGCCAACAAAUGCAGAGACCAUUGCCUUGAGAAGGUGGUUUUUCGAAUCUUCCACCUUAGCUGUGAAUGAGUUCAAGCAACGUUCAGAAAGAGACGAGACGGCCGAACCAUCCAAAAUGCCGAUAGCAGAACGCAAUGCCAGACUGGAGGAUCAGAAAAAGAGGCUGCCAGGCCUGCACUUUAGCCCAGAGACCGAGCCCAGUCACAAAUUGGUGGACACUGUAUGCCAGAUGGCCACUGACCAAACCCUGGAAUGGACGCCAUGGGAAAAGCUCACCAGCAGGAGCAGCGAGAUUACCCAUAGCCAAAAAGACCUGAAGUUCUCUUUGGACAGCCAAGGGAAGCUUGCUGAGAAGACCCGAGGAACCCUAGCACAGCAGUCAGAUGGGUCAAAGCCAAUUGAGACCCAGUUUGAGGCAUGCGCCAACAAUGCAGAAGUACAGUUUUGCCUCAUUCCAAUGGUAAAAGGGGCACCGAGAGCAAAUGCAGUUGAAAAUCCUUCCCCAAAGCCAAAGGGGAAGGGUAAAGGCAAUGGAAAAGGAAAGAAGGAUUACAACAAACCUUCCUAUGGAGUGGGCACGCAGCAGUUGCCGCCAAAUUGCCAUCAAAUGACACCACAAGGAAAGCCCAUUUGCAAUACCUUCAACAGAGGGGCCUGCGAUUUCGCAAAGCCAGGGAAGAGGUGCAAACGCUGUGGACGGCUAAGCCGUGCCGCCAAACAAUCCGGUUUUGCAAUUUUGCCAGUUGAUGGACCGCGCAAUGAACACAAGGUUGAGUGUCCAGUUUUGACGUUAGACUUGGUACGUACGGAGGAACAAAAAGGAAAAGAGGGAAACAAGUAUGGCAUUUACCAUACGCCGGAGCAAUUCAUAGAAAGGGCCAUGGCCUUGACUCAUCCUUUCGACGACAAGUUUGCAGUAGAGGACCUGACCAGGUCCAACCUUUUCGAAUUGCUCACAAAGGGUAGAAGCCAUGUUGCUGCCCAGCGGUUAGACUGUGCAAAGAAGUUGGCAUGCUGGUCGAAAGAACUUGUGACUGAGGAAGCUAGAUACCUGGCAACUCUUCCCCAGCAUGCCCAAAAAGUGCUAAAAGGAAAGAAACUGCUACUCUUCCAAAAGUUGUUAGCAGAGUCUGGCUGCCCUGAUUUGGGGCCAAGCGAUAUCAUGACAGGACUGGACUUGGUUGGAACGGCCGCAAAGUCGCCUUUCUUUGACACGAAGCUUGUGCCAGCUACAACAACCCCACAGUUUUUGCAGAUGUCAGCGAAGUGGCAGAGACCGAAGAUGGAGGCCAGGAAUGUACAUGCUGAUGACCCCGAGAUGUCCCGCCUUCUUUGGGACACUACUUUGCAAGAGGUAGAAUCAGGGUUUCUGGAAGGCCCUUUUGAGUCCAUGCAAGCUCUCAGAGAGUAUGUUGGAUCGGACCAGGUGGUGGUCAGCCGCCGUUUUGUCAUAAUCCAGUCAGGGAAGCCAAGGAUUAUUGAUGACCUGCGCGAGUCUGGCGUGAACAAAGCGUACACAGCUGUCGAUGCACUGGCCUUACACGAUGUUGAUUAUGUGGCUUCGCUUGCGCACUUUGUGACAACCACGGUUCGACAUGCAAUGGACGACCCUGGCCGUCUGGUGAAGGUGCCGCUGAAGACAGGUGAAUGGAUGGUGGGAAAGUUGCACCCGGACUUCCAUGGCGAAGUGGAAUGGCGAGGAAGAUGUGUGGAUUUGUCAAAAGCCUACAAGCAAAUCCCGGUCAGCCUUGAGUCCAGACCUUUUGCUGUUUUGAUGGUUCACCAUUACGGCACAGGCAGGCCAGUGUACUUCGUCAGCAACAGCCUUCCCUUCGGAGCCAGUUCCAGCGUUUUUGGAUUCAACCGAGUUUCCAGGAGCCUCUGGCACAUAGGAAGCGUGUUUUGCAAACUCCUUGGCGGGGUCUUCUUUGACGACUUUCCUCUGUUGGAGCCGCAACCCCUGUGUGCCUUGGCUGCCAAGUCCUUUGAAGGCCUGCUGAAAGCCCUGGGGUGGAAAUUUUCGGAUGACCCAAAUAAGACUCAUCCUUUCGAGACUGAGUUUGACGUCCUGGGUAUACGCCUGAGCAUAGCUGCUUUGCAUGGAGGUCCCUUCGUGAUGCAGAACAAACCGAGCCGAGUUGAGAAAAUUCAGAAGCUCCUGGAAGACACUGCUGCGCUUGAACGAGUCGACAAAAGGCAAGCACAAGUGGUACAUGGAAACCUGAAUUUUGCUCUUAGUUUCUUCCUAGGGAGGUCACUUUUGGUUUCAGCCCGUGCGUUUGCCCAUUUGACCACCGAAGGUCAUAAGGCAUCUCCAGAGCAGAUUAAGCAGCUGUGUGCUUGGACCCAUGCAAUGGUGGGAACGUUGAAGCCAAAAACUUUGGUGAUCACCUUAGCUGAAGCUUUUGCAGUUCUCCUUGCACGGGUUGUCUUCCGGAAAACCUUGACUAAACGCCGAGCCCUGUUUUUCGUGGACAAUGAGGGUGCCAGGUAUUCCUUGAUAAAGGGAGUGAGCCCAACGCUUGCGCUGCUGCAGAUUGUGCAGCUCUUCCACUCCUGCUCCGAGGAGGACCAAUGCCUGCAGUGGAUAGAAAGAGCCUUGAAAUCACAAGCUGGGCAAGUGCACAACUCGCCUCAUGAGGUGCACUUGGUACAGGACUCUGAUGAGGAGGUUGAAUGGGAUGGUGCUACACGUGGCUUCAUCGAUGGGUUUGGGCUCUGCAGUCCAACGAGAUGGAAGCCGAGACAACGGGGAGUGCAUAGGACCCCAGCGAUGGUCCAACUUGCUGCUGACACUUUUGACAUCCUUGCAGAAUGUGUUGAUGAGUGCAUUGCAGAUGUACGUAAGGAAUCAUUUCGAUUGGUAACUGGCAAGAUUCAGCAAUCACCUUUUGGAGAAGAAGCUUUGAGGAAGUUGAGGGAGAAAUGGGCAAAUCUACUACGUGAUCCUGCUGAGGCAAAGGUAGCGGAUUCUGGCCAGCCUUUCUACUUGAGAGCUCUGGCACAAUGGUUGGGCGUCUAUGAGGACCCAGAUGCACAUUGGCUGGUUGACGAGUCAGAUUCUUUUGCUUCUGGGGUUUACAUUGGAGUGGAUCAGCCAUUGCCGAGAUCACCACAAGUUUUUCCGGAGAAAGACAAACACCGCAAACUGGAUGACACUGAAUUUUCUCCCAUUGCAGAUAAUUAUCCGUCGGCACAGAUUUCUGCAGUAGAGCUUGAGAAGAAGUUCAGAGAAGAGGAAGCCCUAGGGCGCAUGCAUCCCUCGAAAUUGGGAGUACUCAAACAGGAGUUUGGUGACAAGCUUCGGGUGGCUUCGAUGGCUGCGAUUUCAAAGCCUGAUGGGUCAGUCAGGCCAUUGCAUGACGCCACUCAUUCUGUCAUGGUUAAUCACGAGAUAAAGUACCAGGACAAGAUCAUUUGCCCCGGCCCAUCUGAGAUUGCUGGAGUGGUCAGGGAGUCGACAGACACUGGUGAGGCACCGUUUUGUGUCAGCGCUGACAUCAAGGCGGCGCGCAGAUUAGUCAAGGUGCGUCCCAGCGAUUGGGGAUAUCUUUGCUGCAGGGCCGACUCUUCAUCGGAUGUGGUGUGGGUCAACCGCACCGGGACGUUUGGAGUGUCCAGCGCACCAUAUUGGUGGUCGAAGUUGGCGGGCUUGAGCACGGUUGGGAAGCUGCCUGAGACGGUCAUUUUGACCUUGCAGUACAUUCUGCGUGAGCUCCAGUCGGAGACAUACAUGGUGUCAACACGGCGGCCUGACAGCUUCGAAGGAGACCAGUUCAGGACUGAUGCAAAGUGUGCUGAUGGGUACAUUGUUUUGGCAGGCUGGGAGAUCGGAUCCCGACGUUGGUUCUCUUUCAGGUUGACACCCGACGAGGCUCCUUUCUUGUUCAAGGAAUCAGGGCAGUCACAAUGGUCUUCGACCUCUUCAGAGUUGCUGGCCACCUUUGCUGCCCUUGGUGCUUUUGGAUGGUUGACGGCAGACAGACACCGGAAGUCUCUCACCAUUGCUUUUUGUGGAGGAACUGACAACAAGGCGAAUGAGUCAUUGACAAUUAAACGGGCCACGACGAAGUGGCCGUUGAUGGCCAUCAAUAUGCAGCUCUCCUCUGCCCUUUCCAAGUCCAGGCUCUCCCUUCGCCUUAAGUGGCGUCCACGGGAGGAGAACACGGAAGCAGAUGACCUCACCAAUGAGAGGUUCUCCGAGUUUGACCCUUCAAAGCGGGUUAACAUUACUUGGAAGGAUUUAGAUGUGUCCAUUUUACAAGCACUGGUUCAGACGAGGGAGGAGUUUGAGAAGAAGAAACAGGAAGCUAAGGAGGCGUCUGACGGGCGUCAACCUAGAGGAAAGAAGUUUGACAAGUCGCCUUGGUGA